AUGACAGCCACCUUGCGCGAGAGCGAACCUCGUUCGCCCAAACAAGCAGUCGCCGAAAGGGUUACUCUGCCUGACCUCGCAGGACCAGUCCUCUGUGAGGAAACUACACAGCUAUCGAGCAUCGACCACUCGGGCUUCCCGCACCUCGUCGACCUCAUUGUCUCUCAUUCACCGUAUGAGUCGCUUCUCGUCCUCCGCAAGGUGUCCAGGGACAUGCGUGAUCAAGUUGAUGGGCUCAUGGCGCAAGAUAUCGAGUUCAGCGCAGCCAGAGGUGACGCCCAAAUCCUUGAACCUAUAGUACAGCUGCGCACGGCGGGUGCGCGCGGUAUUCCCGCGUUGUAUCCCAACGACUGUAUCCAAAAGACGCCAACGCAAUACAUGGCUGGAUGGACUAUCACGCAGCGCACUCGAGACCUGCUGCCUCAGAUUCGCCGGCUUACCGUCCGAAUCGAUGGGUGGCAGCAUGAGGGGAGAGAAGCCAUGGCCAUCUUCUCCAUGGGUCAGUUUCUGACUAGUGUCCAAAGCGUAACGUAUGAGAUAGCUCCCGGGUCGACCUUGGUUGUUGCGACGUUCCUUCCCGCUGCAGCGGGCAAGCGCGACCUCGUGGUCAACUUGACCGAGGACCACACAACGGAUAUCCCCCUCGGUAGCCUCAAUGUCAGCCUCGAGUUUCUUUGCGCCAUCGUCCAGCACUUGAACGACCUGCACACGGCCACCAUCAUCACCUCGUGCCGGUGCCCGGACCUCGUAGAAGCGCACCCACCCCUGGGUCCACCAGGCCACUUUGACGUGCCCGAUGGGCGCCGGAUCCUCCUCAUCCCACUCUCCAAGAUCCGCCGCCAGUUUGCCAACAUGGCCACCACGUUUGUCGGGUUUGCCGGGUACUACAGAUGCUACCAGCCGCUCUUCUCGUUCGCAACCACUACGCGGUCGGGGCGGCUCCGGCUCCCAGAUUCCGACUCGACGUUUUACACCCACCGCGCAUACCGCGCCGAGGUGGGAAUGGAGGCGUAUCGCGUGCACGCGCUCAAGUGGCAGGCGCCUUACCACAUGUGUCAGCACGCUACGUUGAACGUCCCGUGGGGCGAAACGAGCAUUUCGCUGGCCACCACGGCGGCGGAGCUUUGUCGCGAGUACUGUGAAGCGAACGACCUCGAGUGGGAAGUUAUGAAGGGCAAGGUUCGGGUGCUGUAUGAAGGAGAGACUCUCUUGGACAACGAGACGCUGUGGGAAAGGGGUGUUCUCAACGGUGACAGGAUCCAGUUCCUCGAGGAUGUGUGA